AGAUGGCUUUUGUAAGCACAGGAAUUGAUUGGAAAGGAAAUAUCAGAAAGACCAGCUAGACACUGGGAUAAAAUCCCAUCAUCAUGUCACGACACGUGGUGCCUGAUUAAUGGAGAGCCAAACAGAAUCUCGACCCCGACUUUAUGAGAUGAACUCGGAUCGGUAGACUUUCGUUAUCUGUCGCAGUGGAUAAAACAAGAGUGUUAAAGAGUCUACAGAUAUGUCCUCUAUAGUCCGGGGGAUAUCGGCGUGGGGGGACAGCAAUACUGUGUGACGGGAGAGACAAUAGACCAGGGUGCCAGCAAUGAGGGGCUCUAUUUUCCUGUGGGUCACUCUUUUCCCUGUGACCCAGGGGUUCCUGACUCGUUUCGCUUGUAAUUUAGGAACGGAAUGUACGACAGACAGCGAACUAAAACAUUGCAAGAUUAACCAACAACACAUGUUGGACGAUGAGGAAUCUAUAUGGGAAUGGACGAACAAAUUAGGACCAUCCGAACCUACGGCGUUACGGUAUUCAGUCAACCGGAACGGUGACGUCACUGAUUUUACGCUUCAGUGGAGAGGACCAGAUGAUUCCUCAGUCCGAGAUCUGCUUGGCUUUCAGAUCGAGUUUGAGGAUGGGGAUGUCUUUCAUAAUUUCGUUAUGGACCUCAGAGAAAAUAACUUAAUCUUCAAUAUGGGAAACGCAACGAAGAUAACAUAUCAGCUGACGUGUCACUAUAACAACCCAUUCUCGAAGGCUGUCCAUCUUCGAGUGUACGUCACUAGUCUACCGAAGUCAAUCAACCUUGACCUUACAGACAAGGUCAUCAGAGACAAUAUCUCCAUUUUCAUUCCGAAAUACACAUUCCCGAACCCUUCCAGGAAGUUACCAACUACACGGGUGUCGCAGCCGGCUAAGGUUACAGAGGAGGGACCGGGGGUUAUUCCAUUCGUUAUCAUAGCAGUUGUCAUUGUGAUCAUAUUGUCCGUAGGAAUUCCAGUCUACCUUAAGUUAAAAGCGAUGGACUCAUGUUUGAGGAAACGCGGAAUGAAGGCAGUUCGGAACAACAGCCUGGCAACCAAAGAACAGUUACAGGAUCCGAUAGUAGAUGAGAAAUAUACGGAAGUCAAAACAUAUACCUAUUCACGUGACGACACACAGAAAAAAUGGUGCCCGGAAGUCUGUGUGCCCUUCAUCGUUGAAUGUGAGACUAUGACGUCACUUCCGCAGUGUGCACCUUGCUUUCAUCACAUGGACAGUUACGAUUCCGGAUUUCAUUCGGAUUAUCAGGUGUUGUACGCUGAUCCUCAGGACGAUAAAGAAGACAUUAGACCGGAAAAACAACCAACUGAAGAUGGCAAAAUGAAGGAGCAUGAUAUAGACUGUGACCGGUUACCAUGGUUUCAUGCCCCUCUAUCAGAGAGUCCAUCUUUGACUUCUGUACAGACAGAGGAUCUAGAAGAAGAAAUCCUCCGGAUAAAUAAAUUCCCCACCAGACACGAAGACAAGGGGUGAGAGACAAAUGGAGCCCAAAACUGUUCUCAUUUCUCCGUUUCCUUUGCCCGCACAUUAAGAGGCCAGGGGAUGUGUUCUAAGAUUCCCGCCAAAACCUAAACAUUGCCUUCCGGCGAAAUCUCCGGACACAAAUUAUGUUUAUAUUGUGUAUCCUAAAAUUUCCGCUGUGAAUUACGUCACAGCGACAGGUGAACUGAUCAGGUCUCAGUUGUGAGGAAGAACGAUGUUUCCGUGUGAUAUUGUGAACGGAUUGAUCUUGAUAGAAAGGUUAACGUACAACUUCAGCAGCAACACUGUUACACCUUAAAACGGACUUAGUUGUGUCUGCUUGUUUCCGUUCUGUAUCCAAGUACAUAUGUAACUGUAGGAAAUUUAUAUUUAUUUUAUUUAAUAAAGAAUUUUUGCUAAAUAAUUGAUAAAUUAUGAAGAUUUAUUUUUAUGUACACACAUGUGUGAAUGGAAAUUGUAUUAUUUCCAUUUGGCGAUUUCGAAGUUUGCGAAACUACGCAAAAAUAAAGAUUAUUAUGAAAAUUAAAGCAUUAAACACUAUCUUAUC